AUUUAUCUAUCUGGUCUUCUCUUCGAUCGCUAUUGAUCCACCAUCAUCACUUGAUAUCCCGUGAUCCUGACCGAAACGUUAUCAUGGCUACUCACGUUCUCACCGCCACCACGUCUCCUGCCAACCAGAUCUCGGUCUACGGCCAGCCGUCCCCGGUGAAUACCGCCAAUAACUCUCCGACGUCUCCCCGUCAGCAGUAUCUUCCCUUGCAGACUCGUCAGUUACGGCCCCCGAAGGGACCCCUCUAUGUUCCCGCUGCCUUGCGCCCGACCGAGCGUCCUCAGAAGCCGUCUCCGCCUUCCCCCCCUCGCAGUGUCCAUGGUUCGCUCGACAGCUUGAAUGACGGCAGCGAGGAACCCCAGCCUGCCCUGACCCGUCGUUCCACCAUUGAGAGUGCGGUGAGCGAUGGAAUCAGCAAGUUAGCCCAGGAUGAAUUGAUGAAGCAUGAGCAUCUUGGUGAAGUCACUGGUCUUCCUACUCGAGAUCACUGGAAGGCGGACUCAGCCUCUCCCAACUGUGACUCGCCCACAUGCCGCUCCUCGUUCGGUCUCUUCCUUCGUCGUCAUCACUGCCGCCACUGCGGUCAUGUCUUCUGUUCUUCUCACACUCCCCACGUCGUUCCUCUCGACCAAGAGGCUCGCUUCCACCCCGAAGGCGUCCCCUCUCGUGCGUGCGACCUGUGCUGGCUUGCCUUCCAGCGCUGGGAGGAGUCGCGUAGCGAGCGGCUCAACAAGAUCCAGACCUUGAUCGAGGCACAGAACAUCAAGACCGAGGAAGUGGCUGAGGAGACGACGGAGCAUGUGGACAACGUCGACGAGGAAUCGAGAAAGGCACUCACCGCGAUGCUGGGUCAGAGCACUGAGAUUGCUGCCAGCAUCCCUCGGGGCUGGAACUGGAGCACCUUCUAAGUGACUCGACUCCUUGAGACUUGCUAUCGAUGCACUUUGGUGCCAUCGAUCCCACUCUUUUUUGACGCAUCUGCUUUGGCAGACAUGCUCUACAUAUACGCG